GCCACCAAGACUCUCGGGGACGAUGCGACAAAUACUGCCAAGCUACAGCGACCAUCAGGGACAAGACGUAUUACAACAAGCAAUGCAUGUGGUAGGAUGGCUUCCAUAUAUCAUCGCAUUCUUCAGGACGCUCAUUUGGCGACAGGAUCUUGUAGGCGCAGGAAGAUACGCUGCGAUGGCGCGACUCCUUGUGGCCAAUCACCACACUAGCUACACCAGAAAAUGGAAAUCUAAUGCUUAUAGAUUGAUGGAAGAUCUGUCAGCGUCUGUUGACCAAUAUCGCUCGGUCUUCGACCGUCUUUUCNNCCCUGGUAGGAGUAUCGAACAAUUGGCCUCACUUCCCAAGGAUGAUCUCAUAGCCAUCAUCGGUAUACCUCCAACUUCGAAUGACCAACUAGCUCGAAUGCCAGAACUAGAUUCUCCGAUAUCUACUAUUGGGUCCGAAGGGGCCGAAAGUCUGGAGACGCUCAUUCAAGCACCGGAGCAAGAUCCAGUAGCCGAUGAAGCCACACGACAUCAAUCCAGAGUGCAGGGUAUCUCUGAUGAUGUCAAUGGCCUGUCUUUAUCAUUGGACAGACCUUCCUCAUACGUUGGUGUCUCAUCUAUCACAGCCGCCCUCAAGGUUAUCUGCAGAGUGGCUCCUGCGACACGAAGAUUGCUCGCGCUGGAUCACACUGAAACGGCUCUACCUAGUCGGACGGACUCGCCGGAAGUGAUCAACAUAGACCCUGCAUACUUACCACCCUCUGAGCUUGCACAAGUCUUGAUCGAGACUUACUUCAAGAAAGUUCAUCCACUCAUGCCUAUGUUGGAUGAACAACAAUUUUGGCAGACCUGGCUUUACGGAGAGCGAAAAGACCGUUCUUGGAUGGCUCUGUUUAAUACAGUCCUGGCUCUUGGGUCCGUGAUGUCAUCAGACUGUACCGAUAAAUCUCAUGAUGCCUAUUACCAACGGGCGAUGCAACUCUUGGAUCUCGAGAGCCUCGGUAGUGGCAACAUACUUGUCGUUCAAGCCUUGGGUCUCUUGAGUGGCUACUACAGACCAAAUUUGGCAAACAACCUUAUGGGUGCAACACUGCGUCAAGCCACUGUACUAGGCCUACACCGAGAGUACACAGACGCAAGCACAAGCAGUGGAACCACUUCACACAAAGCUAUAUCUGCCGAUGUGCGACGAAGAACGUGGUGGAGUCUUUACGUUCUGGACACCUGGGCGAAAUUAGACAGAGAGUUACUGCAAUGGCAUACUGAUCUACCAGCUUACUUGAAGCCUGCGAGGCUGUCCAUCACGAAGAACCAACGGCCUGACAAACAAACCGCUACUGCAAAAACACUCGAGAUACCAAGCAUGGUAAUGUAUUGGAGAUACCAGAAUCUUCGCCUCCUGUUACAUAGGCCUUAUCUCCUGGCUACUGUCUUGCGUACUGGAGGCAACACCUCACUCUCGACCGAAGAAAAGGUUGGAGUGGGCCGAUGCAAAGCUGUCGCAGCUCGCACAAUUUUGGAUAUCAGCAAUAUGUGCCCGGAAGACUUACUUGCUGGCUGGAACGGGGUUUGGUUCAUG